AUGGGUGUAGUGGUCUUCUUUAUCUUUGCUCUCACUGUUCUGAGCAAUGUCAGCGCUGCCACAGUGAAAUCCCUCUCCAGAGAGGCUCAGCCGUUCAACUUCCCCAAGGCAAGGCGGCUCUCUGCUGCGGUUUCUCGUUCAAAGCUUGAGUCCAGAGCAGAGUUUGCAUCCAACAUCCUUAGAAGAGAAGCGAGUUUUGACUUCCUUCAUGGUGAUCAAGAUCCCCAAUCGGUCUUUGUGGCCACCUUAGAUGUCAAGUCGAAGUCACCCAUCCUGGCAUUAGAGGAGCUGGAUGACUCGGUCCAAGAUGUGAUCUGCAGGGAAUCGCAGGUUGACAUAUCCUUUGGAUCAAUUGAGCAAGUCCGCUCAGUCCAUCGAGAACUCGAGCAGAUCGAUGGGUUUAUCCUAGUCACCUCACAUAGGAAAUCCGACUGUGGCUGGCAAGACGCGUUUCACACAACUCGAGUCUCUUUUUCACGGAGGCAUCCAUCCGAAGUCCGGAGACGUUCGAACACGCCUACGAAGAGACAGCAGCAAUCGCAGCCUGAACCAUCAGAAACAACAAAAACAAUGGGAGGAUCCGCAGAGACUCCGACGGUCACAUUUCCUGCGCCUAGCGCAACGUCGGGACUCGCCUCAACGUCGACGAAGGAGCUCAAUGAGCAUUAUGUGGACCGAAAGAUAUUCCCCCCUGACAUUCCCGCGGCGGACAUGCUUCUACCGUCAGGACUCACCGUGUCUUGCAAGAAUUGCUCCCUGGAAGGCAACAUCGUCUUAGAUAAGGGGUCUUUCGAGAUUUCUGGAUCUGACGGGUUGAUGGAUGCCGUCAACAACACCAUCGCUUUCUUUGACCAUGGCAGCAUUGAAGUAAUUGCAAACGGGCUCUUUGCGCAGGUCGAACUCGAGUUCGAUCUUUCUGCGAGUCAAGAUCUGGUCUCCUUUACGGCUCAGCUUCCCGCUAUUCCUCUCAGUCCUUUCGAGAUUCCCGGAGUCCUUGUGUUUGGCCCGAUGAUAGUGGCGGAGUUUGAUAUGAGUUUGAGCCUUGCCCAAAACAUUGGCUUUUCAUAUGGCUUCAACCUCUCCGUGCCUGCGAAUUCCAAAGUGGAGCUGAACAUGGACGAGAUCUCAAACUCCUCAAUCACAGGCUUUGACAAAACAACCGUCCAUGCCUUGCCAUUUCAAGCAAAAGCCGCUCUGGUUUCCCUUAUAGCCAGUAUUGGCUUCAAGCCUCAAGUCCUCCUCGGCAUCAACACGGCAGUAGGAAGCGUCCAGGGAGGAGUCGGCGCCUUUCUCGAACUACCCAAAGUUUCUGUCAAUGUGACACAGCUCAGUAACGUCAACGAGAAGUGCGAGUCCGUCUCAAAUGGCGAUGGUAAGCUUACAUCAAUGCUGGACAAUGUCUUUGGGGACUUUACGAAUAUUGUUCCCUCCGUGGACAUCAAUCUGGGAGCCCUGGCGAAUUUCGAGGUUGAUGUCCCACGCGUCUUCACCGAAACAGCUGCUGUGCAAACCGUAUUGGCUUCAACUUCAUACCCUCUGCCGACGGCGUGCUUGCAGUUUGACUCAGAGAGCGGCGAAUACAGUUCUCCUACUCCGACUCCGACUCCUACUCCGGUAUCGUCUGCUGUAGGUAAGGUUGCGACAGCUGAGGCGAAGAAAAGCCGGGCUGUUUUUGUGGAAAUCAAUCGUGGAUUUGUGUUUUUAUCAGUAAUUGCGAGUUUGUGCAUCUUUUAG